CAAGUCUCAAAGUGAACGGUCACGCCAAGUCGCGACGGAGCCAAAACAGGCGCGAGCGCGACCAGGAGAGUCCUAGGAUUGCUUCAAUGGAGGAAUCAAUACUCUUCAAGAAUCUACAUAGCCGAGAAUGCCAAGGACACAAGAAGAAGGUCCACUCCGUUGCCUGGAAUUGCACCGGCACGAAGCUUGCUUCCGGCUCUGUCGAUCAAAGCGCCCGGAUUUGGCACAUUGAUCCUCACGGCCAUAUUAAUGUUACGGGGUAAGUUUAAAGAUGUGGAAUUGAAGGGGCACACGUGGAUCAGCUUUGUUGGGAUCCCAAACAUACUGAUCUAAUUGCAACAGCAUCUGGUGACAAGACAGUUCAGCUUUGAGAUGCUCGUAGUGAGUGAAUUAUCUUUUGCAUAAGAAUUAUGUGUUCUGAAAGAUGAGUGCAUUUGCUCUCAUUUCCUGAUCAGUGGAAAGUGCUCCCAGCUGGUAGAACUUAGUGGAGAGAAUAUUAACAUCACCUAUAAACCUGAUGGGACAGACGUAGCUGUUGGUAAUAGGGAUGAUGAACUGACUAUAUUGGAUGUCCGAAAGUUCAAACCAAUUCAUAGGCGAAAAUUCAAUUACGAGAUAUUUUGCUGUUGGAAGUGCUGAUUCGUUGGUCGGCCUUUGGAGCAUUUCAGAGAUGCUUUGUGUGCGAACAUUUGCAAAACUUGAAUGGCCUGUCAGGACUGUAAGUUUCAACUACACUGGAGAUUUCAUUGCCUAUGCUAGUGAAGACUUGUGCAUUGAUAUAUCCAAUGUUCACCCUGGAAGAUCAGUGCAUCAGAUUCCUUGCCGAGCUGCCAUGAACAGUGUGGAAUGGAAUCCAAAAUAUAAUUUACUUGCAUAUGCUGGGGAUGACGAGAAUAAAUAUCAGGCUGAUGAAGGUAUUCCAGUUUCCUACUACAGUUUUACUGAAUAUGAGUAACGGAAUUUUGUCACUUAUCAUUGGUCAACUUGUUCUUGUCAUGCUUAUGAAAAGAAAAGAAAAAAAACAAAAACAAAAACUUGUUCUUGUCGUUGUUCCUGCUGCAGGUGUUUUCAGGAUAUUUGGCUUUGAGAGCGCCUAAAAUGUGGGAGGAAUCAUCACAGUGGAUAUUUGGCUUUGAGUCCAUCAGGUCUUACACGCAUUGGUGUUAAGAUUCUAGACUUUUAUGUCGGUUAUUUAUUUGUUGGGUGUCAAGUCCAGCAAAACACAUGUUGAGUGGCUACUAAAGGGGAACUCAAGCUACACACAAGGAGAGAGGACAGACCAAGAAAAUUAAAACAAUUUUUAUGCAUUGUUUUUGUUAAGAUUGUAACUUGUUAUUUGCCCCCUUGAUAUCUGAAGAAGUUGUAACUUGUUAAUACUUAAUAGUCCUUAUGAUAUUUGAAGUUGUUAUUUGUU